AUGCUCGAUCACGUAUCCAUAUCCCACCAGAGCGGCGUCAUCUUGUGGUCGCGCUCGUUCACGCCGACCUUCACAGCGCUCGCAGCCACCCCGGCGUCCCCGGUGAACGCGCUCAUUCGCGAGGUCAUGAUAGAGGGCAAGGCACGCACCGAGGAGGACGGGUUCGAGAAGGAUGGUUACAGUAUCCGGUGGACGAUGGAGAACGGCCUGGGACUCGUCUUCGUUGUUGUCUUCCCCGCGCUCCUGCCCUUGACGUACAUCCCGGCGCUGCUGCAGCGCACCAAGCAGCUCUUUCUCUCCCUGUUCCAACCGUACCUCGAGUCGUUUGUCGACGCCCUCGCGGACCGUGCCAGCCCAUUCGCCCCAGGGGGCCUCUCGGCGCUGCGGAUCCUCGGACAGCAGAUCGUCGACCAGCGAUGGGAAGCAAUCUUCGACCGCUGCCUGAAGAGCCAAGAAGCUACGGCGGGGAGGAAAGGUGGUCGCUCAGUGCCGGUGCCGAUGCGGCAGUCGCAGAUCGCCAACGCAGGCGCUGAGACUCCGCAUUCGGGCGACGAGGCGCAUAAUGCCGUGAGCGCCGAGGACAUAGCUAAGAACGUGCAGGCACUCAAGGGCCGCAUGAAGGGGCGGAAGGGGCGCGGGCGCGAUGGCAUGACGCCAUCGCCCGUGCCCUCGCCGCGUAAGGCGUCUGGUGCCCAGGCCAAGCUCAUGCGCAAGUGGGGCGACACGCCUGUGUCGGACGCCGAUAUGGCAGCGCUCGACUAUUCGUCGCCUGCCCCGGAGAAUGUGACCGUCGACGUUGACGCGCUAGUGUCGCAGGAUGCGCUGGGUACACGCACGGCGACGGGCAACUACGAGGUCGCGGACUGGGACUUUGGGAGUGGCAAGAAGGACGAUCUGCCGACCGAGGAGGACAUUCUCUCGCGUCGCACGCAGAAGCUCACGAUUGCUGACGACGACGAGGAGCCCGCCGAGGAGUCUACGUGGGCCAGCAUGCUCUCGCGCCUGUCUGGAAAGAAGGCGAUCACCAAGGAGGACCUGCGGCCGGUGAUUGCUGAGAUGGAGAAACACCUCAUGUCCAAGAACGUCGCCAAGGAUAUCGCCGAGAAGCUAUGUGACGGCGUCGCGUCCUCGCUCGUCGGUAAGAAGCUUGGCGGCCUCUCGUCCGUCAAGUCCGAGGUCGAGAAGGCGCUGUCGGCGAGCAUGACGCGCAUCCUGACGCCCAAGACGUCGACCGAUCUCCUCGUUGAUAUCCAGCGCAAGCGCUCCCAGCCAGGCUCACUGUCUGCGCCUGACGCCCCACCCGACCCGUACACGCUGACGUUUGUCGGCGUCAACGGCGUGGGCAAGUCGACCAACCUGUCCAAGGUGUGUUUCUGGCUCCUACAGAACGGGUUGCGCGUGCUCAUUGCCGCGUGCGACACGUUCCGCUCUGGCGCAGUCGAGCAGCUGCGUGUGCACGUCCGUAACCUCGGCGCGCUCGGCGACGAGAUGGGCAUGGGUGUUGCUGGCGGCGCGCCGGACGGCUCACGCCGCAUUGAGCUAUACGAGCGUGGCUACGGCAAGGACGCGGCUGGCAUCGCAAAGGACGCGAUUGCGUAUGCCAAGGAGCACCGCUUCGACGUUGUGCUCAUUGAUACGGCGGGGCGUAUGCAGGACAACGAACCGCUCAUGCGCGCGCUCGCCAAGCUCGUCACCGUCAACAACCCCGACAAGAUCAUCUUCGUCGGCGAGGCGCUUGUCGGCAACGAGGCUGUCGACCAACUCACCAAGUUUGACCGUGCGCUCAAGGACUUCUCUGGGGCAGGCGCAGGGCCGGCCCGCCGCCGUGGCAUCGACGGCAUCCUCCUCACCAAGUUUGACACUAUUGACGACAAGGUCGGCGCAGCGCUGUCGAUGACAUACGUCACUGGUCAGCCUAUCCUGUUCGUGGGCUGUGGCCAGACCUACACGGACCUGCGGCACCUGCGCGUCAACCACAUUGUGCAGGCGCUCCUUAGCCCGUAG